AUGAAUCCCAUGACGCAGCUCUACUACAAAAAGGCGACGUUCUCGCCGUACAGAGACAGGAUUCCUCUGCAGAUCGUCAGGGCUGAAGUGGAGCUGUCUGCAGAGGAGAAGGCCUACCUCACCGCCGUCGAGAAAGGAGACUACGCGGGGGUGAAACACGCUCUCCGGGAGGCGGAGGUUUAUUACAACAUGGACGUGAACUGUCUGGACCCUCUGGGACGGAGCGCGCUCCUCAUCGCCAUCGAGAACGAGAACCUGGAGAUCAUGGAGCUUCUGCUGGACCACGGCAUCUACACGGGCGACGCUCUGCUCUACGCCAUCAGGAAGGAGGUGGUGGGCGCCGUGGAGCUGCUGCUGUCCCACCGACGGCCCAGCGGAGAGAAGCAGAUGCCCUCCCUGAUGAUGGACAGUCAGUUCUCCGAGUUCACCCCCGACAUCACUCCCAUCAUGCUCGCCGCCCACACCAACAACUACGAGAUCAUCAAGCUCCUCGUGCAGAGAAAGGUGACCAUCCCCAGACCUCACCAGAUCCGCUGUGACUGUGUGGAGUGUGUGUCCAGCUCAGAGGUGGACAGUUUGAGACACUCCAGAUCUCGUCUGAACAUUUACAAAGCUCUGGCGUCUCCGUCGCUCAUCGCUCUGUCCAGUGAAGACCCCAUCCUCACCGCCUUCCGCCUCGGCUGGGAGCUCAAAGAACUCAGCAAAGUGGAGAACGAGUUCCGUCAGGAGUACGAGGAGCUCUCCCAACAGUGCAAACGUUUCGCCAAAGACCUGCUGGACCAGGCUCGCAGCUCCAGAGAGCUGGAGACCAUCCUCAAUCACCGUGACAACGACCAGAGCGAAGAGCUGGACCCGCGACAGUGCCACGACCUCGCCAAGCUCAAGCUCGCCAUCAAGUACCACCAGAAGGAGUUCGUGGCGCAGCCGAACUGUCAGCAGCUCUUGGCGACGCUGUGGUACGACGGUUUCCCCGGGUGGAGGCGGAGACACUGGGCCGUCAAACUGGUCACGUGCUUCAUCAUCGGGCUCCUCUUCCCCGUCUUCUCCCUGAUCUACCUGUUGGCUCCGAAAAGCGCUCUGGGUCGUUUCAUCAAAAAGCCUUUUAUAAAGUUCAUCUGUCACACGGCGUCGUACCUCACCUUCCUCUUCCUGCUGCUGCUGGCGUCUCAGCACAUCGCCCGCACCAACCUGCACAUGCAGGGCCCCCCCCCCACCAUCGUCGAGUGGAUGAUCCUGCCCUGGGUCCUGGGGUUUAUUUGGGCGGAGAUAAAGGAGAUGUGGGACGGAGGUUUCACUGAGUACAUCCACGACUGGUGGAACCUGAUGGACUUUGCCAUGAACUCCCUGUACCUGGCGACCAUCUCCCUGAAGAUCGUGGCCUACGUCAAGGACUCCAACCCCAACACACCCCACUCCUCCAACGAGUCCGGUCAGAGCUCCUAA